GUUACUUUUUUAUAUUAUUUUAUUUUUUCCAUUCCGUAAAGUACAAGACGCAAGACUGGGACUGCAAGUCAGCAACCCUUUAUAGGAACUCCGGCAGAUUUCCUUCCAAGCGAGAGCAAAAAUCGAGUCUUCUCAGAAACGCGCAACUUGCCUCUUUCAAUUAUAAGAAGAUGAGUGAUAAUUUGAUGGAAAAAGUUAGUGCCUUUGGGGAAAAAUUGAAGAUUGGAGGGACUGAGGUGGGGCAGAAGAUAAGUGCUGGUGUGAGUUCAAUGAGUUUCAAGAUGAAGGAAUUUUUCCAAGGUCCGAAUCAGACGGAGAAGAUUGUUGAGGAAGCCACUGCCGAAACCCUAGAUGAGCCAGAUUGGGCCACGAAUCUUGAACUUUGUGAUAUGAUCAACCAUGAUAGGAUCAACAGUGUUGAUUUGAUUCGGGGAAUUAAGAAACGGAUUAUGUUGAAGAACCCCAGGGUUCAGUACUUGGCUCUUGUGUUGCUUGAAACUGUUGUGAAGAACUGUGAGAAAGCGUUCUCUGAAGUCGCUGCUGAAAGGGUGCUUGAUGAGAUGGUGAAGCUGAUUGAUGAUCCUCAGACUAUGGUCAACAAUCGGAAUAGAGCACUGACACUGAUCGAAUCUUGGGGAGAGUCAUCAAAUGAGCUGCGAUACUUGCCUGUUUAUGAAGAGACAUAUAAGAGUCUGAAAUCAAGAGGCAUAAGGUUCCCUGGCCGUGAUAAUGAAAGUUUAGCUCCUAUAUUCACUCCUCCCAGAUCUGUCUCAGCUUCAGAAUCAGAUGCUACUCUUGCACAACAUCUACAUCGGGAUAUCCCUGAACAAACCUUUUCAGCAGAACAAACGAAAGAAUCAUUUGACGUGGCAAGAAACAGUGUGGAGCUUCUUAACACCAUUUUAUCCUCUUCUCCUGAGCAAGAUGCUCUCAAGGAUGACUUGACCAUUACACUAGUACAACAGUGCCGAAAGUCGCAAUAUACUGUUCAAAGAAUCAUCGAGACAGCUGGAGAUAACGAGGCCCUACUCUUUGAAGCACUGAAUGUGAAUGACGAAAUUCAGAAAGUCCUUUCUAAAUUUGAUGACAUGAAGAAACCUUUGGUUGUUCAUAGGGAGCCAGAACCCGCUAUGAUACCUGUAACUGUUGAGCCCGAUGAUUCUCCCCGGGUAGGAAAAGAAGAAGCUCUUAUCAGAAAAUCAUCAGGCGCUCAUAGUGGAUCUCCUGGAGGGAACAAUGAUGACAUGAUGGACGAUCUUGAUGAGAUGAUUUUCGGCAAGAAAGCUGGUGGUCCGUCGGAUUCAAAAUCAAAGAAACAGCAGCCAUCUAAAGAUGAUCUUAUUAAAUUUUAACUAUCCUCCAAGGCCUUGGACAAUGUUGAUGUGAAGCUAGAUUGAUAUUUUUAACUUCAAUUCUAAAACCGUCACACUCUUUCGUUCGUAGAAAAUUGUGCUUUAUAAUACAUUAUUUGAGCAGAAUUGUGUAUUCUAUUUACAGUGGAACUGCAGGAUAUUUGCCAUGUAAGGAUUUGUUAACAGCAUAUUUUGCAUAUGAAUAUGAUCCUAGGUAUGGUUUCUAAUUGAGUAAUC